CCUUGACAACAGGCGCCAUAUUAGAGGACUUCGAAUACGACGAUUUUUUCAAAGCAAGGUACUGGAGUUCCAGUAGUUCAAAAUGAGCCGGCUGUAUGACACAGUGGAGCCAUCUGUGAUAGAUGAUGAUAUGCUCCAUAAAGCAGUGGAGGAACAGGGACCCAAAGAGGAGGCUGGCAGGAUUGCCAAAGCUGAGGGAAUUGAUUUUGCAGAUGUCAAGUCACUCAGAUUGGAUUUUAAAAAUAUUUUGAAGAUAGACAAUCUUUGGUGCUUUGACAGUUUGACCAAGUUGCAGCUGGACAACAACAUUAUAGAAAAGAUAGAGGGACUAGACACACUGACCAACCUGAUAUGGCUAGACUUAUCAUUCAACAACAUAGAAGCUAUUGAAGGCUUGGAGAAAUUAACAAAACUCCAGGAUUUGACAUUAUACAACAAUAGAAUUUCCAAAAUAGAAAACAUGGACUGUCUACCUGACUUGCAGGUCUUCUCUAUAGGAAACAAUGAAUUGGAUGAAUUAGAAAAUGUUAUUUAUUUAAGGAGAUUCAAAAGACUGAAAACUUUAAAUUUGAAUGGAAAUCCAUUUUGUAAAGUGUGUGUCCAGGAAGAAAACCCAGAGGAUGGUUCAGAAGCUGUGUAUACUGAGAAUCAAGACUACAGACCAUUUAUCAUUGCAUAUCUCCCAUCUCUAGAUUAUCUUGACUACAGGUUAAUAGAUGAAAAUACACGGGCUGCUGCAAAUGAGAAAUAUCACUUAGCAAUUGAAGAACUUACACACAACGAAGAAGUGGAAAAUAAGAAAGAGGAAGAGAGGCAAGCCAAAGAAAAAGAACACAAUCUACAUAAGGCUGCCUAUGUUGAGAAUAUGGAUGGCCCUGCAUUGUUCCAUGCUAUGUACACAGAAGAUGCUGAAGGACAGAAACUGGCUGACAUGCCUGGGGUGGAUGAAAUGCUUGUUGUUUAUAAAGAAAAGUAUGUGGCUACAUGUCACCAAAUAUUUGAAUAUGGUCUCCAAGAGCAUGAAAGACGAAUGGAGGAAGUUAAUCAGUUCUGGGACUGCAUUGAAGAGGCAAAGAGGGAAAACAAGGAAAUGGGAAUGAAACAGAUAAACCAAUUUAUGGAAUAUAAGAAGAGGCUGUUCCAAGAGUUAACACAUCUGACAGACCAGCAAGUGUUGGAUAACAAGAUCACAGAGUACAACAAACGUCUCCAGGAACUGUGGGAUAAACUAAUGGGACUGGAGCUACAAUUGGUGGAUCAGUUAGAGGAAGCCACCAAGGACUUUGAAAGAAAUCUGUCCGAUUUGGUCUCAAGUUUCAUAGAGAACUGUCAGGGUCACAUUUCUGCCCUGAGAGACCUGGAGAACAUACACCAUGAGAAACUACUGGAAAUAUCUAUUGUCACCCUGGAGAAGGUAGUGAAGAAUGAACUGGAUGAGGAAAUCCCGGAAGAUCUCAGACUGUUGUUUGUUGACAAGGACACAAUCAUCAAUGCAGUGAGUAGUUCUCAUGAUAUCCACUUACUAAAGAUAGACAACAGAGAAGAUGACAUAGUGACCAGGAUCAACCAGUGGAUGUCACAGCUCAUGACAAAGAUACACGAGGAAGAGGAGGUGAAGAGAAAUCGAAUGAGGGUGUCAGAAAUAAACAAUCUUAUUGACCACUUGCGAGAAGAGAUGGAUACCUUGGAUCUGCAGCUUGGAUAUAAUUAAAUCUCUGAGAAGCAUAAAAUCAAUGGCAGAGCUGGUAUUUGAAGAGGCAUUUCCUUGCCUUGGUAUUUAUCUGUGGUAGGAUGCAAUGACUGUUUGAAAGAUGUUUUGAAGUCUUUACAUGCUGCAUGUUACAUAGGAGAAUAAACUGUUGUGAUCCAUUUUAUAUGGUGGUUUUCCAAGAAUAACUGUGAUACAUGUACCCCUGGCAACUGCAUUUCCUGGAAUUAAAAAUUACAUCAAAUCCCAGAGCUUCAUCGGAGGUCUGCCUCUAUGAACAUGGUUUAGUUCAGUAAAUAUGUAACAUACAAAUAUCAUCAUUGUACUCCCAUUUCUAGUAAAACUUGGGUGAAACAUAGUUUUCUUCAGAUAUCAGUUUAUGUAUAACGUCUUGCUUGGUUGCUCUUUAUCAUUCUUGAAGAUGUAAU